CGCUGGGUCAAAUUAAUUCGGUUGGAUUGGUGUUUCGAUUUUCGUUAUAUUCAUCCUAAGCUUUCGAUGUUUUAGCGGUUUCUUUGACGAUAGCGGGGAUUCCCGUUUAGUUGUGUAACCGGAAGUAGCUGGGAGUUAAACACAAAAGGAAUUAUUCUGGCGUAAAAUGAGCGGCUGUCGGCUCAGGUUGUUCGCCCCGGUAAUUCAUCAGUGCACCACAAGCAAUCUCUUGACAGGGACAAAAAAGAAGGAAAUGAACCCGUUUGCACGUUUUUGUUCGUCUGUAAAUUUUCCAAGAUUUUAAAGAGCACUUAAUUGUGAGUUGGCGUUUACAAGUUGCAGAUUCACUCUUCCGUGUUGGUUUUGUCCGCUUUGUGGCUGUUCACGCAAGCAGAACUAUGCCUCGCCAAUGAAGUGGUCGCUCGUAGCAAUGAUUUAUUCAACCAGGAGAAGAUAUGUGGUCGUGACGAUUUUCUUCACCACGGCGUUUUGGCUGACUAUCGAGUUGAUACUACUAAGCUACACCAAUCGCUUAAAUGUCGAAAUCUCUCGAGCAGAUAUAAAUCAAUUCUCUGAUUCAAGGAGGGCUGCUACGUUCGCUUUCGAAGCGAAAGAAGCUUCAAUUGAAGAAUUUAAAGCGGUAUACGUGACACUCAUUCCCCCAAAUCCUAGUGGACCGGGAGAAAGAGGAGAAGCAGUCUAUAAUGAUCAAGAUGACCCAGCUCAAGUAAGCAAAGAAAAAGACGGAUACAAAAAGUAUAGUUUUAAUGAACUGGCGAGCAGUAAGAUUUCUUUGGAGAGAUCCAUUCCUGAUAAUCGACCAGAUGAGUGCCUCAGUCUGAAGUACCCGACUAGACUUCCCACUGCUAGCGUGGUUAUUAUUUUUCACAAUGAGGCGUGGUCGACUCUUCUACGGACGGUACACACGGUUUUAGCGCGAUCCCCGCUAGAAUAUUUAAAAGAAAUAAUUUUGGUUGACGACCAUAGUAAUUACGAAGGAUAUGCCCAUUUAAACGAAAAGCUGAGUUCGUACAUCCAACAGUUUCCCAAAGUGCAGCUCAUUAGAGCGAAGACCAGACAAGGUUUAAUACGCGCCCGGCUGAUCGGCGCCAAACAAGCUAAGGGCGAUGUUCUUGUCUUUCUGGAUUCCCAUUGCGAGGCUAACUACGGUUGGCUGGAACCGCUGCUUGCAAGGAUCGCACAUGACAGGACUAUUGUCGUUACCCCGGAUAUUGAGGUCAUCGAUUUAAGAACGUUUUCUUAUGCUAAGGGUAAAGGAGGCUAUAAUCGAGGGGUUUUUAAUUGGGAGUUGACUUUCAAGUGGAGAGCAUUGCCAGACUAUGAGAAGGAACGACGUAACAGCGAUGCUGACCCUAUCAGGUCACCCACAAUGGCUGGUGGGUUGUUCGCAAUGGACAGAACGUACUUCUAUGAAAUUGGUUCAUAUGAUACUGAAAUGUCUUACUGGGGAGGAGAGAAUGUCGAAAUGUCCUUUCGGAUAUGGAUGUGCGGCGGAUCUCUGGAAAUUCUCCCAUGCUCCAAGGUCGGUCACGUGUUCAGAGAGAGUCAGCCUUACAAGAUCGGAGAAGGAGCAAUUGACAAGAAUAAUAUGAGACUAGCUGAGGUCUGGAUGGAUGAAUACAAACAAAUAUUUUACGCUAUGAGACCGCAGCUCAAGGAUAGAACUUAUGGAGACUUGUCCGAGAGAAAGGCCCUUAGAGAGAAACUUAAAUGUAAGAAUUUCAAGUGGUAUCUGCAGAACGUGAUCCCAGAAUUGGACAUUCCGGAUAUGUACCCGCACGGUAGAGGGGAGGUCCGUAAUCUUGGUACUGACCAGUGUUUAGAUACGUUAGCGAAAAAUGAAGCAGGCGGCGAACCCGGCAUGUAUGUGUGCCAUGGCAUGGGUAACAACCAGUUUUUCAUGUAUACGAAGAAGAACGAGUUCUGGCAUGAUGAUUUCUGCUUGGAUCUGGUCAGUGGGGAUCCCAACACCAAAGUCAAGUUAUACAAUUGUCACAGACUUGGUGGAAACCAAAAGUGGGAACAUGAUAGGCAGGAUGGAAGAAUUCGUCAUGUACUCCACGAAGUUUGCUUAGAUGUUGAGGGGGAUAGCCUAGUCGUACGAAAAUGCGAUAACCGCCAAACACAGAGGUGGAGAUUCUCAGCUUACCCAGAGGAGGACAGAAGUAAAAUUAGUCAUUCUGACGUGUUAUAACGAUCAAUAUUUCAAUUUUAGGAUGUUUUUUAAAUACUUUUUUCGCUAACUACAUUAAUUAAUUCGAUUAUACCUUCGCCAAUUAAAAGAAAUUUUUUAGGAACAAGACAAAGGUGGAGUAGUGUUAAACUCUAGUUUUUAAAAGAGAUUCUAUCAUGUAUCGUUACAGUUCAGGUCCUAAAUUUCUUAGUCUUCCUGGUUGUGUGCCGUUCAGAGCCCAGUUUUUAAAAGGGCGGAUCACUACAAAUGUCAGACUCACAUGUUGUCAAAACAUUUUGUUUUGUCCAAAAAUGCGACUCAAUAUUUCAUUUGGGUGGAUCACUAGACAGGAUUAUUAAAUAAAAAUAGGCGUAAGAUAACAUCAAAUACAAAUUAUUUUAAAACAUUUAUUUUCAAUUUGAUAAUUUAAUGAGGAUAACUAAAUUAUAACUUAUUUUUAUGCUCUGAAACCAGGCAAAAAAUAAUAUUUCGGUUUACCUCUUAAUACUUUUCGGUGUCACGCUGAACAUCAGUAUUAUGGACCAGGAUGGAAUCGUUGGCGAAAUUUUAGAUCAGUUACAGCAAUUUACAAGUGAGCGUCGAAAGUAAUAUGGGAUUACAGAACUGAAAUUGGCGCCAAUCUCUCCACCAAUCAGAUCCCAAACAUAAACCAAUCACCAUUCAGUGAUCUGUGUUUUCCCGCGCUUAGGGUCGUCGACGCGCGUUUACUGAGUACUCCUUGGUUCGUUUCGUGUUAAGUUGACCUUUGUUCUGAUUGUAAUUUGUUAACUAAGUUGAAAUUGUAAAAAAUUGGCCACCGUAACUGAUUGGCUGUGGU